AUGGCCUCCACCAAUACGCCCCCCAUCUACACCAUCAACCUAUCCCUCCCCCCGUCGGACCGCUACACCUUCGCAGCGCAAUCCCACGCCGCCAGCCUGCGCCAAAUCCCCAAACUCUACUCAGAAGCAACAUCGCACCUCGGUCUCCCCGCAUGGUUUUUCCACCUGCUCGGCCGCAUACUGCUGCGGCGCCUGCACAGCCGCGAGCACACGGAAGAACUCCGUGGCAUCAGCAAAGCAUGCGGUUUGCCAAUGUACCUGCUCAUUGCGUACAACGUCUUUCUCGACUUGCUCCUCGGGUGCACGAGCGGGGGCAUCAAAGUCAAGAAUGGGCGGCCGCGGCGCAGGGGAGGCGUAGGUGAAGAAGAAGAAGAAGAUGAUGAUGAUGACGACGAUGACAACAGUGCAACAAUGCUGCAUUUCCGGACGCUGGACUGGUCGAUGCCGUUGCUGCGGGAUUUGAUUGUGCAGUUUGAAUUCGUCGAGCAUGAAGGUGGCCAUGUUGUUGCUCGCACGGUGGGCUAUGUCGGCUUCGUGGGCGUACUGACGGGCGUGAGGAAGGGGUUAAGCGUGUCGUUGAAUUUCCGGCCGUACCACAAUGCAUUGGGGUCGUUUACCCUGUCGAACCUGGCGUAUUACUGGAACACGGUUUUGGUGGUGCUGGGACAACGGCCUAGUAUCUCGGCACUGCUGAGAGAGUGCUUGAUUCCGCGGCCUGGUGCUGGUGGUGGAACGAGACCGAGGACGAAACUAUCCAAGAACAAGAAAGCGAAACAGAGAAAGCAAGAGAAAGAAGAAAAAAGGAUCGAGAUACCCACUAUACUGCCACCGUACUCCACAAACACAGUCCUCAGCGUCUUCCCCACCCUGCCCACGCCAGUCGCCUACCUCAUCUUCUGCACGCCCACCGAAACCCUCGUGCUAGAAAAGGAUUUCCGCACCGCAAACAUCCUGCGCUCAUCCGCCUUCCUCGCAACCACCAACCACGACGUGGCAUUUGAAACGCCCUCCUGCACUUCCACCACCACCACAGCAAACAGUCAGACGCGGAAACAUGCGUUCCUGCAAUCCAGCAUGCGCGAGAUCCUCGACGAAAGCAUCGAGCGGAAACAGUGUCUAAGCCGGAAAUGGGAGGCGUGGAAUCAGCGGCAAACACGCAAGACGAUGCGCGGCCAGACGGCGGCAAAGGGCGUGGCGCUGGCGACGCUGCGCAGGUGGAUAGAGGCGUAUCCCGUGUGCAAUGAGGUGACGCAUUUUGCGUGCAUCAUGGAUCCGAGCGAGGGUGUAUUUCGCUGGGUGAGGAAGUUUGAAGAAGGCGAAAUUGAAGACUAGCAAAGUGUUCAAGUUCUGAGAGUGUUUUGUUCGACUGUACUGUAGACAAGAUGAGACAAGGUGGUGAGUUGUAGUUUCUUGAC